AUGAGUCGUUCUGCUUUGUGUUGCUUAUUUUUUUUGCUCUGUUGGAGCAUUUUUACAGACGCUAAAUCGACCCGAAAGCACAGCACCAGGAAUAGGCAAAGUAAUAAGAGCGUUGUCAUUGGCGGAAAACUAGUAGAAGAGGAUGAAGCACCGUGGCAAAUUGUUAUUUUAAAUAAACACAGGGCGGUGUGCUCUGGAUCCCUAUUACGUAAUAAUGUAGUUCUAACUGCCGCUGAAUGCUUAAAAGAUAUUGAACCAGCUGAUUUAAUUAUUCGUGCCGGCUCUAAUCAUUUUAAAACUGGAGGUCAACUACGCAAAGUACGUGAAACCGUUUAUCAUCCCAAAUACAAUGAAGGGAGUCACGCAUAUAAUGUUGCAAUGUUGAGCUUAAUCCGCCCACUGAACUCUACAAAAUUCAAUCUACGCUAUGUAAAUCUUCCAGAGAGCUCCGAUGAGUUCCCAUCUUCAGUAUCAAUUUACGGAUGGGGUAUCGUGAAAAACAGUACUAGCUCUACUGUUACUAAACGUCUUAGACAGACGAAAGUAAAAGUCUAUUCCGAAAGAAAAUGCUCUGAAUUUUUGGGAGAUGAGAAAAUGAUUGAAAUAGUUUUCUGCGCAGGUGAUCGAAUUAAGAAGGUUGAUAUAUGCAAUGACGAUAUCGGCAGCCCUGCAAUGGGUCCAAAAAAUACACAAUUCGGAAUAGUUUCCGAAAGUAAGGCUUGUCAGACAGAUUCGCAUACAACCAUUUUCACAAAUGUAUUCUCAAUAAAGCCUUGGAUUAUAAAUACUCUAAAUGCAAUAAAAUGA